AUGUCCGACGACGAAGCCGACCCAGAGCUCCUCGAACUUCUACGCCAACACUUCCGCAAACCCACCUCCCCCUCCAUCCCCGAAACCCGCGUGCUCGAAAGCGCCGAAUACGUCUACAACAAUGCCAUCGACGUAGCCCUCGACAUGUCCUCGACCAAAGCCGCCGCCGCAUCCAUCUACUCGCAAAUGCAAACGAAAAGCUAUUCCACCAAAACAUGGUCAUCACAUGACCUACACCCACAAUCCAAAGACGAGAGCACCGUGAACUUCAUCUUCACCAUGGACCUACUCAAUUUCUCCUUCUGGAGCCUGCAGAACGAAGACGAGCGAUUUGCAGUCGAGUUUCGGGGUAAAAAAUGGACGGGAUAUUGGAGUCUGGUUGCUGCGCUGCAGAGGGGAUUAGAGGAAGGAUAUCCAAUCACCAGUUCGGAUUAUUGGCAAGAUGAAAACGCACUCACGGAAGAUGUAUUCGCGCACAUAUUUCGGUCGUGCACCGCAGAACCCAUGCCGCUCCUCUCAACACGUCUCACACUACUUCGAGAAGCCGGGACGAUUCUCUAUGAGAAAUAUGCCUGCUCAUUUACCAAUUGCAUCAGAGAAUCCAAGCAGUCUGCCGCAGCGCUCGUAAACUUGCUCGCAAGCUCAUUUCCAUGUUUUAACGAUGUAUUCUCGUUUGAAAACCGCAAGGAAGUACGAUUGCUCAAACGGGCACAAAUCUGCGUAGCGGAUCUAUGGGCCGCGUUUGAAGGAGAGAGUUGGGGCGAAUUUCAUGAUGUGGAUAAACUCACCAUGUUUGCCGACUAUCGCAUUCCACAACUGUUAAAUACGUUGGGAUGUCUAUGGUAUGCGCCGGCUUUGGAGAGUAAAAUCAGGAGAGGCGAGGUGAUUGAGAGUGGACAUAGUUGGGAGGUCCAGUUGAGAGGUAAGAUUUCUUGUUUUACCUAA